AUGGGGCCUGACCACAUCAGUCACAAUGCCCUCCCACGGGUCAUUCCAAUUGGAAGCCUGACUUGCAUCCAGUGUCCAUUUGCCCUGGACCUACUGGACUAUGCCCGGCGAAAAGAUGUUGUAGUUUCUGUCUCCAAGCCCCGAGAAAGUCUCGGCAUCCAUACUAAAACACCUGAGGACUCAGGGACAAAUGACAAAAACAUACAGCGAGGUUACUGGGCCUUGAAAACUGACUACUUAUUCUCAGUGAUUGGCUACACUGUGGGACUGGGUAAUGUCUGGCGAUUCCCUUACCUGGUUUACAAAAAUGGAGGAGGUGCUUUUUUAAUUCCCUACAUAAUCAUGAUGGCAAUUGCUGGGUUGCCAAUGUUUUUCAUGGAAUCGGCCUUAGGGCAGUUUGCCAGCCUCGGACCUGUUCAAGUGUGGAAGGCUGUUCCCAUCUUACAAGGUAUGGGUCUCCUAACCUUUUCUGUGUCAGCAUUUCAAGGCCUUUAUUACAACUGCAUCAUCACCUACUGCCUGUUCUACUUCACUAUUUCCUUCCAAUCGCCUCUGCCAUGGAGAGACUGCUACAGUUGGUGUGAAAACGAUAAAACCUGCCACAAGACUCCCGCAGAUCCCAUGUACAAUGUGACAUCGUCUUCAGAAAAUAACGGAAACAAAAACUGCCAGAAUUCUUCAUACCAGAAGAGCCGAAGCGAGCAUUUCUGGGAUGUUGUGGUUUUACAUCGUUCAAGUUCAAUUAAUGAGACUGGGAAUGUCGUCUGGCAUCUAGCUAUUUGUCUACUCGUGACCUGGCUGAUUAUUCUGCUGGUGCUGUGCAAAGGAAUCAAAAUUUCUGGAAAGGUGUCGUAUUUUACUGUGGCAAUCCCAUACAUUGGUUUGAUCUUACUACUGAUCCGAGGUGUUACUCUGGAGGGAGCCUAUAACGGGAUCAAAUACUACUUUGGAAGAAAUUCAGAUUUCUCCAAACUGGCUGAUAUUCAGGUUUGGAAAGAUGCAGCAACACAAAUUUUCUUUUCCCUGUCAGUGUCACUGGGUGGUAUAACAGCUCUGUCUUCCUACAACAAGUUCCAGAAUGACUGUUUCACAGAUACCAUCAUUGUCGGUGUUAUUAAUUGUCUGACGAGUUGGAUAGCUGGAUUUGCCAUCUUCUCCACCCUCGGACACGUGGCUAAUGAAAUUAAUUUACCAGUUUCAGAGGUUUCGCAUUCAGGUUUAGGAUUGGUCUUUCUAGCAUAUCCAGAAGCCCUUCUCCACCUUCCAAUUGCCCCUCUUUGGUCUGCUAUAUUUUUCAGUAUGAUUGUCACAAUAGGAUUAACCAGUCAGUUUGCAGUUGUAGAGACAAUUAUAACAAGCCUUCUUGAUGAGUUUCCCAAAUUUCUGCGAGACAAAAGGUUAUAUGUGACGGUUAUUGUUUGUGUGAUCUUAUAUUUAUUUGGAAUGUUGCUCGUAACUCAGGCUGGGAUUUAUUGGAUACAUUUAAUUGAUCACUUCUGUUCUGGAUGGGGUCUACUUCUGAUUGCAUUACUGGAAAUCAUUGGCUUAAGCUGGGUCUAUGGGAUAAACAGAUUCAUCAAGGACAUUGAGAUGAUGAUUGGGGAAAGGAAUUGGCGCUUCUGGCUGUGGUGGAGAGCGUGCUGGAUUGUGGUCACACCUAUAGUGCUGAUGAUAAUCCUAGUCUGGUCGAUUAUAAUAUUUAAACCAUUAGAAUAUGGAGUUUUGGAGUACCCUUCUUGGGCAGUUACACUCGGCUGGCUUAUGUUGACAUUUUGUUUCAUAUGGGUCCCUGUUAUCGCUGUGAUCGCAAUUGCUGGGGCUGAAGGUGACAGCCUGCGCCAGAAAGCCAUUGCAGUUCUCAAACCUGCUCCUGACUGGGGUCCAUUCAUGGAACAACACAGAGGGGAGCGAUACAAAAACAAACAGGAAUCUAUUCAGAGACUUCAAAAGUCCAAGAUUUCUUUUUUUAAUGUGGUGAGCAAACUGUAA